AUGACAUCAGCGCGUUUUCAACAAUUUUUCUGUAACACGUUCGAAACUAAUAGAUUUACUUCAUUUUUGUGAUCUUAUCGCAUUUCUUCCUUUUCAGAUGCCUGUAAGGAUAAAUUAAAUGUGGUGAACCAUUGUUGAAUUAUGUAGAUGGGCUGAACAUGAAUGAUUAACCUUUUUGAUUUUCCUUUAUAUCUUCAGAAUUCACUUUGUAUUUCUCCGUGUAAUCAUAAUAAAUAUAUUCUACCAGUUUUCCUGGACCCACGUUUUUGUGUGCUUCACUCAAUCGUAGUGGUUUUCGGACUACUGUUUGCUUUAACUCUUUCACAGGUGAAUCCGGUCCUAGUGCUACAGUCAUCUUUACGUUUGGGCAAAGUAUGAUUGCAAUCACAUUCAUGAAAUACUUCCUCGUAAGUUUAACGAUUCUGCAUUUGUUAGGUGCAGUUUCUGCGUCUUCACCAGAUUUCACAACUCAAGGUGAACUGGUAGACUACCUAUCCAAUGAGGGUUUUAUCAAAUCAUUGGCUGUUAAGGAGGCAAUGAUUCUUGUUGAUCGUAGAUUUUUCGUUAACCAUAAUCCAUACAAAGACAGUCCACAAGCAGUCGAACAUGAAUCUACUGCCGCUGCGCCUCGAGUGCAUGCACGUAUUCUUGAAGGUCUGAAAGAUCACAUGACAGAGGGUUCAAGCGUCUCAUGUGUUUUGUGCGACACUGGAUACUUAUUAGCAUGUAUGGCACUUUUUGUUACUGUCAGAGGUGCAGUUAUCGGAGUUCAAAUGAAAUAUCCGUUGACUAUGCUAAAUUAUGAUAAAUUUGAGAGAUGGAUUGAACAUACUGGUAGCGUUAAGUUACUGGGUUAUCAAAAAGACAAACCAUUUCUCCUUUACUCACGUGAUCAAACAACUGAUGAUGUUCCCGGAACAAAUAUUAGUGCUAUUUACUAUCAUGGAAAUGAUGAAAAUACUCUUAGAGUAUUAGAGGGACGUUUGAGAGCUGGUGGUCGUCUGAUUUAUGAAAAGACUAGUGGAAGCGGUGAUCCUGAAUUAAUGGUGGUAGAUAAAUUACAGAACGGUUCAUUGAAUAAAAGGACACUGACUGAGGUGUUGAAGGAAUCUGCUAAAAAAGAAGAAGAAGCAGAAGUCGAAGAAGGAAAAGAAGAAGAAGGAGAAGAGGAAGAAUUGGGAGGAUUGGACGAUUUAUUUCCGCCUCAACCUGCUCCUCCUGGAUUACCCGAUCGCGACGAGUUGCUUCUCAUCUCGUCACAAAUCAAGUGUAUUCCAGACGUCAAAGUAUUACUACUGUUAGUCUGUAUUGCUGUCAUCUCAUGCAUCCUGCUAUUGUAA